AUGCCAAUAUUCUCGAAGAAACCAGGUCCACCCCUUCCUGGCGGUCUGAAACCAGGUCGUUCCAAUUUUAUGGGCUGCUUUGUUUACACCAAAUAUCUCAUAGCAUUUAUCCACGAACAGAAAGGUCUCAUUGCAAACGGUGAGCGCCUCACCAAGAUCCGCAUGGUCCAAGAGCGCAUCGACCAUCACCUCCACACGAACGUCAUCAGGCAGACACACGGCAGCGGCAAACGCGGUGAACCAUGGCUCGAUGGGUUCGUCCGCUGCUACAAUACCUUUGAAAAGCUCAGCUAUGAGAGGUUGAGCAAAAACCAAUACCCCCACGUCGAAGCCAUCGAGCGCGAACUCUGGAAUCGAUACGUUCCAAUCUACGACUGUCUGCUCCCCCUCUUAGAACGCCUGUUCAAGGAAAUCGGCAUCUGGAGGUUCGGAAGUGAAGCGGAGUGGGCAGCCCAGAAUGGGCAAGUUUGCCCAAUUGAGAAACGCGCGAAAAAGCAAGUGAAAUUUGACAAGCACGUAGAUGGAUGGUACUAUAAUGAUUUUGAUAUGCCGUGUACGACGACUAAAGGAGAUGACGAGAAGUCGAGGAAGGCAGCAGCGUUUAAGGAGAAAUUGGCGGUGGAUAGGUGUUCGGAGGAUAUCCUCAAGAAGAGGAUCCAGGAGAGGAGGAGGAAGGGUUUGCAGAGUGGUAUGGUGGAGAAUUGGAAGGAGGGCGAUGACGAGGACGAAGAGGAGGAGGAAAUGAGGAACAUGAAGGUUGCGGCGCAAGAGUGGAAUUUGCUUGAUUAG